AAACAGAAGUAGACGCACGCUAAGAUACCACUCGUGCGUAUGUGGUGUCUCCUUUACCAUUGUGGUAUAUUCCCCUGAGUUUUAUUUGGGAUAUUUUAUUUUUGGGAUCCUUGUCCGGCCCAGAACUGUUAGCUUGGGGGAUUAAGCCCGUAAGGAUCGCCCCUUCCAGCAGCAUCCAAAGGCAUUUUUGAAAAGCUUUCUCAACUUCUAAAUCUUGUUCAUCUUGCUGAUCAAUGACUCUUUUCACCUCCAUGGUAAUCAUCACCCACAGGUGGCGACCCCCACAACUUUUAUUUGAGACAUAUGAAGAUGUGGAGACUCUGUCCGAGUUUUUGCCACGCGAAACCUUUCAUACACGCACGAAAGAGUUAAGUAAACUAGUGCGUAGAAACUAUCCAAGUAGUCAUUGGGAUUACUAUAUAUUUCUACUGGCGAUAUUGUCCGUCAUAGCAUCAGCUGCGUUCUCCUUGGUUGCUCGCGCGGCUGGAGUGUCGAUGUGGUAUCCGCUCCUCUUGCUGGUGUUUCCUGCUAUUCUCAGUUUAUGGACCAGCCGCCGUCGAUCCACUAUGGUUUACAGGAUCAAAGAGUUUGAAAAGACGUUGAAAUCGCAUUUAGGAGACCUUAAUAAGAAGGAUGCUUCGCAACAUCAUUUAAAGUGGACAGUUCGUAGAGCCACUCGAAGUGAUCGAGUAGAAAAGGCAACAGCAUGUCUGGUCAUUGAGCUGGCUCAAUGUGAUCCAGAAGUGGAUGUCGAUCCAUUACCAACCUACCAAGAAGCAUCCGAACAUACCGAUACAGACCACGUCAUGAUACAAAUCAAUCAUCGCCCCGCGCUGGAAAUCCGGGAAGCUCCUCCACCACAUUAUUCAGAGACUGAGGUAGUUGUUCAUCGUAUGGAAGACAUGUCUAGCAACUUUGAAUUACGUUCGAUUUCGUCAUCGACGUCGACUUCGACCAGCAUCCAUAUGAGCACCGAACAAACCCAUCUCGUGGGUCAAGAAGAAGAUAAACCUGAAAAUACAUAAAUUGAUGACCUCGCAUCAUUGCCUUUCUUAGAAGCCGAUCAUUCGAGGCAUAAAUAUCUACCAAAUAUGAGAAAAAAAGGGUUUCUCUUCCAUUGCCAUUCUUCAAGCACAUUCGUCGUAUGUGUUGCCUUCACAACAAAACAGAACAC